AUGGUUAUACAUAAGGCGAACUUGAAGACAUGGAAAGAGCAAGGAUGCGUCGUAGUAGGAUACGCUAGAAAAUCAGCUAUCCCUCAUGUUAAGGACGCUGUUAGAAUUAAAAACAUACAGGAUAUGAUAGACAUACUUCGUCAGAGAUCAGGAGUAGAUAGGGUAUAUGUUUCACCAUGUACGAACUCCACUGAAACAAUUGCUUCUCGUGAUAUCAGUGCCAACAAAGACAUGAUUUUGUCUUUGUACCAAUGCAAUGGCGAUACUCAGGACAUGCUUAAGUACAUCCGUGUAAAAAAAGCGCCUGUAGUGAUCGUAUGCCUCACUUAUGCGGGAUUCACAACUGAUCUUAAUGAUUUAAAGGAGUUUAUAAGGUAA